AUGAGUAGAAUGGGAUUUUCUGUUGGAAUUCCUCUGUUUAUUGGGCUUUUGUUUUUCCCAUUCUUUUACUAUCUUAAGGCUGGAUUGAAAAUUGAUGUGCCCACUUGGAUUCCUUUCAUUGUCUCAUGUAUCUUCUUUGGGCUUGCUUGUGAGGAAACAGAGGAAUUGUUACUGGAGUGGCUGACAAUUGCUGAGAAAUUGUUGUCGGCGCGUGACUUGCUUGGAAGCAAGGCAUUUGCGACCUGGGCUCGGGACUUUGACCCAACCCUUUUGCAGGCUGAGCAAAUCCUCGUCGUGAUUGGGGUGGGUGGUAAGGGGAGGGAGAGUAGAGAAUGGAGGUUGGUGAGUGAAAUGGCAAUGGAAGAUAGAAGGGAUUCCCGGGAUUCAUGCUUCUGGCCAGCGACGCCGUUUGGAAUUGGAGGGAGGCGACGGGUUGUAGAGAGAGAAUGGAGGGAGAGAAUUAGGGUGUGA